AUGUCACAAUUUUUUAGUUUAUUUUCACCAGUUAUUUCAUUUUUUAAAUUUUCAAAUAAUAAUAAUAAUAAUAAUAAUAAUAAUAAUAUUAUUAAUAAUAAUAAUAAUAAUACCAAUAAUAAAAAUGACAAUAAUAAAAAUGACAAUAAUAAUAAUAUUAAUAAAAAUAAUUUUAAUCAAAAAAACAAUGAUAAUAAAAAUAAUAUCAAUAAUAAUAAUAAUAUCAAUGAUAAUAAUAAUAUCAAUUAUAACAAUAUUAAAAAUAAUAACAAUAUUAAUAAUAAUAAUAAUAACAAAUACAAUAUGGCCAAUAAUAACAUUAGUAAUACCAAUUCAUUACCAUUAGCUCCACCAUUUAGACCAAACUCCACCCAAUCACAAAAUUCAAACCAAUCUAUCUCACCAUAUAACUCUCCAAUGUAUAAUAGAUAUAAUAAUACUGAAAAUAAUAACAACAAUAAUGAAAUAACCAAAAUUCAAAAUGACACCAUCAAUGGUACUGAUAUUAGCUCCCAAGAUUUCAAUGGAGACAACCAUAUCAUCAAUAAAACUACAAUCACUACAACUACCACAACCACUACAACUACCACAACCACUACAACUCAUUCCAAAAAUGACAAUUACUCAGAAUCAACAAAAAUUAUCCAAGAGAUCCAAAGAGAUAAAAAAAAAUUAAGAAAUGAUUCUGAUUACCAAACCGAUAUUCCACCAACUAUCCAUUCAACAAAAAGUGCCACAGAAGUUAAUGUAGCCCAAAAAGAAGAAAUAAAAGAAAAUAUACAUAAUAGUUAUAAUAUUCAAAACAACAUCGAAAUUUUUUUAAUUAAUUUCGAAUCAGUAAAAAUUGACGUAAUCCAACAAACUUUAAAGUCGGAAAGUCAUAGAGAAAAAAUAUUUGCCAUUAACUUAAUAGACCAUUAUAUCUCAGAUGAUGAUUUAUUAAAAAAAUUGGCUUGUUGUCAAAAGGAUAGUAUUUUAUUCAAUUUAUUAGAUUUUAUUUUUACAGAAAAGGAAAAGAAAAGUUGUACAGAACUUGCAGAAAAAAAAGCUUGCACAUUAUUUUCAAAAAUUGUAAUCAAAGAAUGGUUCAAUGAAGAAUCAUUAGAAAAUAUUGAAAAGUGGAUUAGCUCACUUUUCAAAAUGUUAUUAGACCCAAAUAAAUCUUCAAUUAAUAAAAUAGAAUGGGUUGUAAAAAUCUUUGGCCAGUUCGAUAGAAUUAAAUAUGAAAAUGGUUUUAAUUCAAUAAAUAGCAGAAAGCAAAUGGCAAUCGAUAAAAUUUUUAAUGUUUUAAUAGAACUUCUUAAAAAUCUUAUUGAUUCAAGAAAAAAAUAUUUAGAUAGUCCACAAAAAUCUACUUAUGCUGCACUAUUAAAUGAAACUAUUGAUUCAAUUUAUUCAUUAUUUAGUUUGGUUAGUGGUUCAACUCGUUCAAAAAACUUACAAAUUGUUUUAAAUCUCUUUAACAGAGUAAAUUCUCCAAAAUCUUUUGAAGUCAAAAAGUUUUUGGUUAAUUUAAUUCCAUUUUUUGAAUUUAAUGAUUUGGUUAUGGUUUUGGAAUACUUCAACUCAAGCCACAAAAAGCUAAUUUCAAGUGGUAACUCUAAUAGUCCAAUAGAUGCUCAAUCCAUUCAAUUAUUCUUUUCAAAUAUUUUAGUAAUUGUGGAAAGAAUUGAAAAAGGUGGAUAUAAUAACGAAGAAUUGGAUAUUAUAAGAAAACUAGUUGAAGAAUCCAUCAAGUUUUCUGGAAUUAUAUGCUAUGAUAAUACUAUCAGUUUUUUUGAAAAGAUGUACUCCAAUGUAUUAAAUAUUGUUGAGAAAAAAGAUAGAUCUCUCAAGCUCAUUUCAAUUAAAUGGUGUUUGUGCUGCCUUAAAAAAUCGAGCCCAAAUUCAAGAUUAGAUUUAUUUAUUUCCAAAUUAGAAUAA